UCUGGAGAUCUGUCUGAAGGAUCUGGAGGUGGAUCAUGCUUGCAUUCCAAUUUGAGAAAUCUGAUCCAGUGGUGUCCUGCAGGGAGAUGGUCAGUGCAGCAUCAAGUGUCAUAGUUGAUUUGUGGUGUUUCUCCUUCUCGUUUUGCAUCCAAUUUUCAGAUUCAGCGUCCUUGAUCAUUUGGAUAAUUGUGGUAGAGGGGAGGGGGGUGGGGGGCAGAGCAGACAGACAGACAAGCAGACAGACAGGCGGGCAGGCAGACAGGCAGGCGGGGUAGCUGGUGGACGAGGAGAGCUGCCGGCGGAACAGCGGUCCAAUCCACGUGCAGCCGGGACUCCUCCUGGCGCCACGAGCCGGCGGUUCGAAAGGGGGGUCGGGGGGAGGCGCGGCUCCUCACCCCGAGCAUCCUCCACAAGUGCGGCUGGCGGUCUGUGCGUCAAGAAGAGGACACGAAGGGAGAGCUGCGUCCGGAGACAUGAGCCGGUCCACUAACUUCCCCGCGUGCCAACCGGGAACUUCGGCGCGCAAUCAUCACCAGUCCGCCCCGGACCGACGCGCGGACGCGUGGAGGCGACUCACCGCCGCUGGUGGGAAAGUGAACGAUCGCAGCGCACGGAUGUGAAACCCUGGACCAUAUCUGCGCUUUUGUCUUGGAGAAAGGCUGGGAGGGGAAACAAGCUGUUCAGUCUUAUGAAGAUAAAACUAUUUGCUGUGCCCAACAUAACAUCUUGAUUCAAGUGUCACUUGGCUCUGUCCGGGCUCUGAACUUCCCUGCCGUUACCGGAACAUGCUCAAUAUUCAGAUUCGGAGGUCUUGGGAAAUCUUUUUCAAAAGAGUGUAUGAAACUCUUUCAAAUCAAUUUUGAAGGAUUAUCCCGUGAUGAGCCCCCGUGUUUAUGAGGAUAAACUGAUCAUUUUGUAAUUUUGAAAGUCAAUGACGCUGCGGUUAUCACCAUUAAUGCCCAGAAACUGGUAAAACUAUGUUUGCUCUUGCCUGACAGGCCUUGUGGGAGGUCCCUGCUGAAUAUGCAUGACGUAGCAGGGCCUGAUGUGCCCAGGAAACCCCCAGGCUUCAAUGGAUUUUCCCUCUUAUGUGGCUUGCUCAUUGGAUUAGUCAUGGCAAUCGCACCGGUGAUGGCUUGCCCCGCGAGUUGUCACUGUAUCGAGAAGAGCGGCAUGACGGUGGUGCAGUGCGUGUCUCGCGACCUGGAGAAGAUCCCGCUGGAUCUCCCGAGAGAUACGGUCGUCCUGCUUUUGGCAUCAAACCGCAUCACGCACAUCCCCAACCACGCCUUCAGAGAACUGCACUACCUUCAGGAGCUGGACCUGUCCAACAAUGAAAUUGAGACUGUGGACGCUGCGGCGUUUCAAGGCGUUUCCGACAGCCUCCUUGUGCUGGACCUGUCAAACAACCGCAUCCAGAGUGUCCCCAAAGAGGCGUUUGCCCGUCUCCGAGCGAAAAUCAGCCUCUCCAACAACCCGUGGCACUGCGAGUGUACCCUGCAGGAGGUGCUGAGGGAGCUGCGGCUGGACCCUGAGACGGUGAACGAGGUGAUCUGCCACACGGCAGUGCAGGAGGAGUAUGCGGGCAAGCCAGUGAUCCAGGUGCUGGACUCAGGGAUCAACUUCUGCAACUUCCACCACAAGACCACCGACGUUGCCAUGUUCGUCACCAUGUUCGGAUGGUUCACCAUGGUGAUCGCGUACGUCAUCUACUAUGUGAGACACAAUCAGGAGGAUGCCCGAAGGCACCUUGAGUACCUAAAGUCACUGCCGAGCAGCUCCCAGAUUAGCAAGGACUUUGACACCAUCAGCACUGUUCUCUAGCAGGACGCGUGGUGCGUGUGUGUCUGUACAAAUGGGAGUAAAUGUGUGGUUAUGUACCAAAAAAAACGACUUAAAAGCUGUUGCAAACACAAAAUCGUAAAUGUUUUUCAGAACAUGUGUGGUCUUUGGCUGACUUUUGAUUUUUUUUGUCUUGAAAAAAAACUGACCUCAUAUAGGAUAUAAUUUAUAUUAUUUUAAAACGUUAAUUUUGAUUUUAAUAAACAAAAGUUAAUCUGACUGUAAACCCCGGACAAGGCAGCGGUGAUAGCGUCAAAUAAACACAAUGCUCAUAAAAGUCACAUUUCCAUGAGACGAUAGAUCCAGUCUGGAGAGGUGUCGAUCCUCAGUGGGAUUGAAUCUGGACCGAGACGAACGAGGAGGACGACAUUGUCUCUCAGCUACUUUAUACUGAUUGAUUUAUGUCCUUAACGCCCAUCUGUCAUGGUGGAGGCUACUUUACGAGACAUGCUAAUAUAUCAAAUCACUUACGGUUUUCACUUCAGGUGUUCAGACACAUGCAUAAACCAUGCAAGUAAAACUGCUGGUCCAGGAAAUUAGGUCACACCGCUGCGUCAUGUCUUGUUAAAGAAAAAAAGAAUCAGCCUGUUUUGUACAUCUAGAAAUGAACCAACAUUUCAGCCCCCUGCGCCAAGGUAAUCUGAGGAGAGAAUGUAAAACAUGUCUACUUUAUGACCAGGCAAUGUUCCAGAAUUCAAGAGUUCAUUUCACAGAGGGUGACUGACUGACUGUCUGGGAGGUCAUUUCUAUUAUAUGCGUAAUAUGUCAUUAGCCCUCAGUAUGUGGGCGUACUGAUAACAUGACACAAUAUCAGUGCCCCAGAAAUAAAAGGUUAGGCUUUGCAA